AUGGCUCGCGAGAGCAUGAGAUACAUCCGCCCUGACGAAGACAUCAAAGAAUCUUCUAAGCCUUACCACCACAACAACGGAUUCGAAGAAACUUUCUGCACAACGAAGAUCCGCACCAACAUUGAAAACCAAAGAGACGCCGACAUCUACUCUAGGGAGAACUCGAUGUUGAGCCCACACUGGGCGAUGGAUGGCCACACGAUCGUGUACGUGACCAGGGGCGAGGCCAAGGUUGAGGUGGUGGACCACAGCGGCCAGACCAUGAUGAACGACCGGGUGAGCCAGGGAGACAUGUUGGUGGUGCCUCAGUUCUAUACAUCGACUGCACGGGCAGGGAACGAGGGAUUCGAGUGGGUGGCCUUCAAGACCAGCGGAUACCCAAUGCGCAACGACAUGGCCGGCUACACCUCAGCCCUCAGGGCAACUUCUCACCAACGCCUACCAAAUGUCGCCCGCCGAGGCUCAAUCCAUCAAGAUCAACCGUGGCGCACAAACCUUCUUGCUCUCUCCCGCCAGCCACUAAUACUGCUCCUACAUUUGUUUUCUAGACCAACAAGAAAUACCCUAGUUUUUCAGGGCUCAAUGUAA